ACGGCGUCUCAUUAUUCGUGUAAAAAUUAUACUACAGUGCAGACGCGUUUUUUAAUAUCCCAAAAGGGCCACCAAGUUUCGAUUUAGUUAUUACAAUCAUUCCACGCACAUAUAACACAAAAAACAACGACCGUGCCUUGUGCAUUUUUCUACACGCAAUUAUCUACUAAGGAAAAAAUCGAUUAAAUAUCAAAAUGGCUGGUGGCAAAGCAGGCAAAGAUUCUGGUAAAGCCAAGGCGAAGGCAGUUUCACGUUCGGCGCGCGCGGGUCUUCAGUUUCCCGUUGGCCGUAUCCAUCGCCAUCUAAAAAGCCGCACCACGUCGCAUGGACGUGUUGGUGCCACCGCUGCCGUUUACUCUGCAGCCAUCUUGGAAUACUUGACUGCCGAGGUGUUGGAGUUGGCAGGCAACGCAUCGAAAGAUCUGAAAGUGAAACGUAUCACGCCGCGUCAUUUGCAGCUCGCCAUUCGCGGAGACGAGGAACUGGACAGUUUGAUCAAGGCAACCAUUGCUGGAGGCGGUGUCAUUCCGCACAUACACAAGUCGCUUAUUGGCAAGAAAGAGGAAUCCGUGCAGGAUCCCCAGCGAAAGGGCAACGUCAUUCUGUCGCAGGCUUAUUAAACUAAUUUCCACCUUCUCUUCUACUUUUCUAAUCAUUUCGGAAUUACAGUUUUUCAUCUAUGUUUAAAAAUAUAUAUUUCAACAAAACCAACCACGACGCCUUGUAAGCUUACAAUUACAAGAAUACUUCAGUAAAUAUAAAAAGAAAACCAAAAGGGCCGACUUCGAUGGCUUUUCCCUCUCCUCUCUCCCCUCCCUCCUAGCUGUCGACAUGCAGACAAACACUCAACUCAACACUCACUCACACACAACUACAACAACAUACACAAUUGUAAACUUAAUUGUCUCGUAAAAUGCAAUGUUAAAAGAAGAAAAAAAAACCAACAAACAAACAAAACAAAAGAGAAUAAGCCUAAAAAAUGAAAGCGAAA